CUCAUUGCAAAAAAGCAAAAUAGGACGACGUUAAUGUCGACUUGUGUCGUUUGCUGGAAAGCUCUCAUAUUUUAGUCAGUAUUCGGUGUUCUUUCGAGAUGGUCGAACGGAUCGAACGGCAGUUACGCUGAACUAUCCUUCAUAUUAACGGCUUUCGUGGCGAGAGCGCAUAAUUAAUUGUUGCAAAGAACUGUAGCUUAAUCAGCAUACAAGUGUAAUACACAAGUUACAGAAACCUAAGACGAGUAUUGACAUGGAAUUCCCAAAAUUGUUAUUACAUAUCGGUUUAAUAUUGGCCACAGUCACGGACUUUUGUGGCGCUGAUGAUCCAGGACAUAUACAUCGUUUACCCACCAACUCAAUACCAGUUGAUUAUAACAUUAGUCUGUCUAUUCCGGAUCUCGAAAAAAGCAAUACUUUUCAUGGUGAAACCAAAGUCAUUGUCAGCAUUGUUCGCGAAUCGUUUGACAUAAGCUUACACUCGCAAGGAUUAGAAGUAGAUGAAACGGCGACAACAUUGGUGAACGACACAAUCUAUCUAACAUAUAAACCGACGAAACAUACUUAUGACUAUAAAACGAAUAUAUUAUCGCUACAUUUCGAAGAGCAAUUGUAUUGCGGUUUUUACACCCUGAUCAUGAAGUUUGCUGGUAAAUUCUCUCAGACGGAUUUUGGCAGUGGUGGUUUUAUGAAAAUUCCAUACACAGACGAGGCAAGAAAAAACAGGACGUUGGCCGCAACAUACCUCCUGCCGAAUAAAGCCAGACGAAUAUUUCCAUGUUGGGACGAGCCCGCGAAAGGUGCUUACUUCAUGAUCUCCGUGAGGCAUCAUCAGAAAUACAAUGUAUUGUCAAAUUGGCCGAGCCAAAAGGUCCGUUGGCAGGACUACGUAGAAAAUGACAUGAAAUGGACACACUUUAACCGCACUUAUCUAAUGCCCACUUAUCUUGUGGGAAUUGUGAUUGUAUCAAAUUUUGUUCGCGUUACUAACAGCAACCAUUCCGUUAAUGUGUGGUGCAGAUCGUCUUUGACAUCGCAAGCAAGAUUCGUGCUAAGUAUUGCCGAACGAGUCACGCCGCUCUUGGAGGAGUAUAUCGGUAUAACCAAAGGGGUACCGAAAAUAGAUCACGUUAUGGUACCAAAUUAUCCCAACGGCUCCAUGGGAGAUUGGGGAAUCAUCAUUUACCAAGAAUCAAAGGUUGUCUACGAUGAUAGCAAGGAUCCUACAUUUAAGAAAAGGAAUGUAGCUUCUUAUGUAGCAAAUGGAAUCGCACAUCAGUGGUUCGGCACUUUCAUCACCCCAUCUUGGUGGACUGACAUAUGGUUAAAUGAGGGAUUUGCUGUGUAUUUACAGGCGUAUUUCCUCGACAAGACAUUUAAAGGCUGGCGGGCAAUGCACUUAUUCGUUACUGAAACCAUGCACCUUGCUCUCCAACUAGAUGAUGGCUUAGCGGGUUCUGUUACAUUAAACCUUGACGAUCACUUGGAUAACCAACUCUUUGUUAAUCAAGUUCGUAAAAAAGCGCCAGCUAUAUUGCGCAUGUUACAUCAUGCAGUGGGCGACCAGGUAUUUCGAAAGGGUAUCACCAAGUAUUUCGCUACACACCAAUAUACGGCGGUCACUCCCGAUGAUUUCUGGAGCGCCAUACAAAGUGCUAAAGACGAAGCAUCUUACGACUUUUAUAUGCGAGAUCAACAAUUCGGAAUAAAAGAAGUGAUGGAUACGUGGAUAGUCCAAAAUCGUUAUCCUGUGCUGAAUGUAACGAUGAAUUACAAAACUGGUGAUUUAGCAAUAACACAUCAAAAAAAUUUCCACGCAACUGACGAUAUCAAUAAUAAAUGGUGGAUACCCAUAUCCUACGCUUAUGAGGGCUCGCCGUAUUUUUCCAAUACUAUGCCCCAUAAUUGGUUAAAACCAGAUGAAACUUUUAGAGUGCAAAUUAUUACAAAAGGUUGGAUUAUCGUCAAUCUACAACAAACUGCAUACUGUCGCGUCUAUUACGAUAUUCUAAUUUACGAAAAAAUCAUACCUUACUUGAGCUCUCAAGAAUACACGAAAAUACACGUUCUCAAUCGGGCUCAAAUUAUCGAUGAUGCAUAUGCCUUUUUGCUCGAAAAUCAACUAGAUAGCUAUAUAUUCAUAGAUCUUAUAACUUACUACGAACGAGAGAGAGAUUAUGUGGCAUGGCGUCCAAUGUUCCGAAUAUUAAAACAGAAUCAGAAGUACUUUUCACUGCCAGAGAGUAAAGGUUUCAAGUCGUACAUGGUACAAACCUUUGAUGGCGGGGUUCUUCAACAUGUGGGAUACGAAGAAAAUCCUGAUGAUGACGAUCUCACUAAGUUACUAAGGCUAAAAGCCCUGAAAUGGGCAUGUACCGUCGGUCACGCGGAAUGCAAGAGAAAGGCCGCCGUUAAAUUAAGCGAACAUUUCGCGGAUCCUGAUACUCACAAGGUUCCACAAUGGUGGCAAGAUUGGACGUACUGCUUUGGUUUAGCGGUAGCUAAUAGGACUACUUGGGAUAAAAUGAUGGCACUCUACCAGCGAACAUCUGAUAAGAAACUUUGGAAAAUAUUGAAUUGUGCUGAAGAUCCUGAUAUCAUUAUCAACUAUUUGAAUAUUACAGCAUCCAAUACUACAUUAUUUAAGGAUGAGCAGCAUGCAUUGAUCUUCAAUUUAAUUCUUCAAAACCAUGCACGCAACGAUUUGGUCCUUGACUACAUAUUAGCAAAUUUGAAUCAUAUAAAAAGAAAUAUUCCUGGAAGCAAGACGAUAAAUUAUAUCAUUAAGAAUGUUUUUUCUGAUGAACAAAUGUCUAAGGUGAAAAGAUUCGCAGAGACUCGUUUUCAUCAAAUGCCAAAUAUUUUGUCAAACAUUAUAGAUCUGAUAGAACAGCGUAAAAGUGAUGUUAAAGAGUUGUCAGAUAUUUUUGCAAAGCGAUUUGGUAGAAGUCAAACUUUAAUUGAUAAAUUAUGAAAAUUAGAUUAUGAUGAAGAAGACGUCAAUAUUGGGUUGGUCAAUAAGACCUACCAAUGAAGAUCA